CCUUCGAGCAACUGGAGGUUCUCCUCAGCCUGUCAGUUAGUGCCGUGGCGCCGUGACGGUACGGUUGUUGCUUGGUACGUUGUUUUCGUUUGGUCAUAAACGGCUCGCGAAACGUGUCUGCUAUUCAAUGGGGACCUUGCUCCGGACCCAUCGUCGCGACGGACACUGUUACAAGCAGGGAGAUAGUCAGUGAUUCAGUUUGGUGACUGGAGAUUGGUCGCGUGUGCUUAUUUACGUCGGAUUGUUUCCUUUUACUUUUCUUCUUUAGUUCUUUGACUUUGGUUUUUAUCUUUUUUUGGGGGGCGGAGGAUAUAUUUUACGUGACUAGUUCGGUAGACCUUGUAAUAGUGCGUUUUUGUAAUUGCAACGUGUAUUGCAAGGUGCGACGAGAGAAAGCAAGUGAGGUAUUCUGUAUUUGAAGCAGAAGAAAAGGCGGGAAGAGAAGACCUGGCUGUGAUCGAUGAUUUCUUACGUGCUGUUUGGUGUGUGCGCGUUCUAUGCCUGAUCAACGUCCGUGCAGUACGCGGUAUUGUAGAUAAGGUUUCAGGAAGUUGCAGUUUAGAAUUUUUAAACUCUUCGCAUUUAGGGGUGAGCGCAUCAAUUUUGGCCAUUAAGCCCUAUAGAGAGUGAGACGUUAACGCGAUCGCCGAAACGAUACGGUUAUGAAAGUUCGAUGACCAGUGGAUAGCGGACCAUCCAUCGACGCCACCAUGGACUACCUGCAGACGUGCCUCAUCUUCUACCUAUUGAUCCUCUGUUUCUGUGGAGGACGAACUAUAGACAUAUCACAAUGCAUCGCACCCCUAGGGAUGGAAUCUGGUGCGAUUCCCGAUGCAGACAUCACAGCGAGUUCGAGUUUCGAUAGCGGAAACGUCGGGCCACAUCACGGACGGUUGAGGCAAGAGAGCCACGGAGGUGCCUGGUGUCCAAAGCAGCAGAUCACGACGGAACCACGCGAGUGGUUGGAAAUCGAUCUUCACACGGUCCACAUGAUCACUGCCACCGGCACUCAGGGACGCUUUGGUAACGGCCAAGGUGUCGAAUACUCGGAAGCGUACAUGCUGGAGUAUUGGAGGCCGAAGCUCGGCAAAUGGGUUCGAUACAGGGAUGUUCGGGGCGAGGAGGUGAUCAAAGGGAACACGAACACCUACCUGGAGUCGAAGCACGAACUGGAGCCACCGAUGUGGGCGAGUAAAGUUCGCUUCUGGCCGUACAGUUAUCAUCGUCGCACCGUUUGCAUGCGGGUAGAGCUAUACGGUUGCCCGUGGAACGAUGGGAUCGUGUCAUACUCGAUGCCACAGGGCGACAAACGUGGCAACUGGGAGUUCUUCGACGCGACUUACGACGGUUACUGGGACGGCCAGCUUCUACGUGGCCUGGGACAGCUGACGGACGGCAAGAUCGGGCCAGAUAACUUCAAGAUGAGUUAUUACGAUUUCGAUAGAGGUCAGGGAUGGGUCGGUUGGAGGAACGACACCAGGUCCGGUCAUCCUCUCGAGAUCAAGUUCGAGUUUGAUCACGUCAGGGAAUUCUCCGCCGUGCACAUAUUCUGCAACAAUCAGUUUACCAAGGAUGUACAGGUGUUCUCGGAGGCCAGUAUAAUGUUCAGCGUCGGCGGAAGAUAUUACACAGGUGACCCGAUCGUGUACUCGUACAUGGAAGACAGGAUCUUCGAGCAUUCGAGGAAUAUCUCGAUCAAGCUGCACCAUCGGAUUGGCAAGUUCGUUAAACUGAAGUUCAGCUUCGCCUCACGGUGGAUCAUGAUCAGCGAGAUCACUUUCGACUCUGAUAUCGCUCACGGAAAUUUCACUCCUGAAUCACCGCCCACGACGGAAGCUCCGAGACUUAGGGAUCGAAUCUCAGCCCGCGACAAUCCUCUGCAAGCCGAAGUUCCAGUAGCGAAGCAGGAAGAUCCGACCUACAUGGCCGUGAUUAUCGGUGUUUUAACCGCGGUCAUCCUCUUGCUUGCCGUUGCGAUUUUCUUGAUCGUCACGCGACACCGGCAACGAAAGAACUUUGCCAGUCCUCUUGGUACCAAGAGCGCGAUUCCGUCGAGCAAUCAUCAACAUCUGUCGCCAGAAUCCGCGUACGGUACCACGGAGAAAGAUCCGUCGUUGAUGACGUACAGAGUCGAGGAACUCGACGAUCGAUACGCCGGAACCAAGCUAACGACGCUGCCUCGCGACUUGAACGAUCGUCUACUAGGUGACGUCAGGUUGGACGAGUAUCAGGAACCCUUCUACGAGAACAAGCACCGAGAACCGCCUCAUGCCGCUUAUUACGGUUAUAGCACUGUUGUUAUAGACAACAAGGACCUCCACGACAGCGUCGAGCAGUCUGAUGCCACCUACGACUAUGCAGUACCAAUGCCUGUGCCUAGUGUAAGCAGCGAUCAGGACAGCGUGUUCUCUAAGUCUUCAUCAAGGGGUAGCGCAAAAGCGUGCUUGCAGAGCUUUUUCCCUCCACCACCGCCCCCGAUGAGCGCGCCGCCCCCACGAGGCUCCAGUAAUCUGACGUACUCGAAUCCUCCGAGCCCGGAACCAGUUUGCGAGCGCGAGCGCAGAGGAAGCAAGCGCCGUGAACACUCUUUGCACAGAUACGCGUAAGGACUGUUUCAUCCUGCGGAAUGCACGCGGUACGCCGCUAGAUCCAAGGUACGAUAACAUUUCGUACUUCACCUUGAGAGAUCGACCGUUUGAUCCAAGUCUUCAGCAUCCAUAGAUCGGCUAUCAUCUAUCGUUCCUAUUUUUAAUCUUCCACUUUACACGAUUCUCUGUUCUCUACGAAUCUUACGUUGCAACGAUGUACUGCCCAGUUCGUUUCGAUUUGAUAAAUUCGAUCGUCGAGUUUAAUUCCAUGAAAGAAAAAAAAAAAAAAAUCUUCAAUGGAUGCUGAAGACCUAGCGAAAAUUCGAGCGCUGUCGAAGCGUCGAAACGAAGCGGAAGAAGAGGACGAAGAAGAGGAAACAACAAGAGAUCGAGUUCGAGCGCAACCGGGGCAUGGAGAACAUUUUUUGUUCGCGCCGGGAUUCUCGAACGGCCCAAUUAAAAAAAAAAAAAAAAGGAUUGGAACAGGCGAAAAGUCGUCUAUGAUUCGACACAGCCACUCGAACCGCGGUCUCGAUCUCAUCGAAAUCUUUCUCCACGAGCACUGCCAUUCGCGCACUUUCCGAGCGUACCGUAGAGUAGAGGCGCAAUACCUCGAGUGCCGCGCUUAAGAGGACUUAACCUACUUGCAACCGGCAGGUAGGCGAUACGCGUAACCGGAGUUGUAACUACAAUUGGCAUAUCAGUUAAACGGCAGCAAGCUGCCGAGACUCUUCUCUGGAAAUUCGUCUCGUCGAAACUAAUCAAGAAGAAGCGCGAUUCGUGAAAUCGACGCGUCGAGCACGACCAUCUACGAUCUCUAUAUUUUCUGUCAGUUUUACCGAGUAACAGGGUGUGUACACGACCACGAACCAAGAACGAACGUUGUAGCAGGCGUCGUUCUUCGAUCUUCACCGAGUUUUCAUGAAUUAUUAUAGUCGAGGAUAACGAAGCUUCGAUUUCACGGGUCGCUACGAGUCCGCGUUAUCUGGAAACGCGUUCGCACGCCGCAGUUGCCGAACUUUCUUUUCGUUCAAAAGACUUUCGUUCCCCGCAGCGAAGCUUUGCGAAGCUAGGCCAGGAUGGAACACGCGCGAAAAAGUUAUCCUGUAACCCUCUUCUCCCUUAAAUUCCAAACUCCGUGAGUGAGUUAGAGGGUUUAGAAGUUCCGGCUGAAAGAAGAGAGUAAAAAGAGCAAAGAGGGAGGAGGUAAAGAGAGUCGUAUUUUUCGUUGAUACAGCCUCGCGUGUUCGGAACGUUUUUCCGCGCGAUGCUACAUUUCUUCCGGGCCGAUAAAAUGCACGAGCGUUAGCAGCUUCGUUGAACCGUUGUUCCGCGAACGAAAUUGUAAUUCGCGUAGGUCGUGUUUUCGCCGCGGAAAAGCGCGGCCGCGAUAAGAGAACCGGCGCGAUGCAACUGGACGCGACUUGGCGCGGCGAUGCAACGCGACCGAGCGGAUUUCCAGAAGGAAUCGCGUGUUUAAUGGUUUCGUCUGUUUGGCGCGCAUGUGCAACCAGAUCGAGCUCGCUAUCGAUCCGUGGCUAGGCAAACGAUAAAACGGGAGAGUUGAAAAAAGACAAAAAAAAAAAAAAAAAGUAAAGGAGGAAAGAGUCGGAGGCGAGGAAAGAAGAAACAGAGAAGCGGCCUCUUUUCUUAUUUUUGGUCUUUUUAUUCUAGUAAAAAUAUUUAUUCGGUUUUGGCGAUUUCUGCUCACGACCGAUAAUUAAUCGCCGUUAAUUGUUGCUUUGGAAUGCUAUCCAUGAACGAUGCCUGCGUGAUAGAACGAACGUCAAGUAUUGUCGUGGUAAGAACAGGAGCGAAGCUAAAAAAGGAUAGGGGGACGAGAACGUGCGGAGAUCGACGCGAUGAUAUCGAACGGAAAACGGUAGCGGCAGGGACGUGGAAGAACAGGCUUGGGGUGGGCGGGGGGUUGUGAACAAAAGAUUUGUGGGAAAAGGAGAACGUUAGCGAGCUUCGAUCCCGCCUCACACAAGACUGACGUCAGAUAAAUAAUCCAGUAUCCCGACUAUGCUGUAAUACGUGCAAAGAGGCACGUGUACGCGCCUGCGUAUGUGUUUCGCCGUAUUAUUUAUUAUCGCAGCAUAUAGCGCCCCGUAAACGAAUCUUUAAUUUAUAUACGUAUUAUACACACGUACGCGUAUAUGUGCGAUAUAUACGAGGGAAGAGAUAAAAAAAAUUAUAUAAAUAUAUAUAUAUAUAUAUAAAUAGAUAUAUAAAUACAACAAAGGUAAUGCGUAAUUAUGGCGCGUCGGUGAAUUUUAAGCGUAUAAUAACUAUAUAUUAUAUAUAUAUAUUAUAUAUAUAUAUUGUAUAAGCCCAACUUUAUUUCUCUAUCACUACCGACAUCGCCUUCAUGCAACGAGGAAAUAAAAAUCAAGGGAUUAACCGGCGUAAGGAAUCGACAAUACAGGGAUGAGACAACAAUAAUUAAAUACAUGUGUACGUAAAAGAUGAAAAAAAAAAAAAACGCGAAGAAACGAUGCGAGGAAAUAAUG